AUGUCCGACGAAGAGGAAGUGUACGACGAGGAGGAGCUCGAGGAGGAGGAAGAGGUUGACGCCGAGCCAGCUGAGGAGCAAACUGAAGAAGCUGAGGAGACCCCAGCUGAGGAGGUUGUUGCCCCUCCAGAGGAGAAGGCUCGUCGCCCUCCUCAACAGGAAGAGAAGCCUCCAGCGGAGAUGACUGAGGCUGAAAUUGCCAUGCUCGCCGCCAAGAAGCGUCACGAGGAAGAGGAAGCCGCCAAGCUCCUCGAUUACGAACAACGACGUGUUCUUGAAAAGGAAAAGAUCGAGCAGGAGCUCCGCGAGCUUAAGGAGAAGCAAGAGAAGCGUCGCGCCGAGCGUGAGGAGGACGAGCGUCAGUUCGCUGAGAGAAGACGUCAGGAUGAAGAACGCCGCCGAAAGGAAGAGGAAGAGCGCAAGGCUAGAGCUGAUGCUGAGAAGAUCCGCAAGAACGAGGAGAAGCUCCGCCGUCAACAAAUGAUGGCUGGCGCAUUCAACGGAAAUGCGGCUCCAGGUGGACGCAACUUCACUGUCACUUCCAAGGGUGAGCAAGCCGCUCAGUUCGGAAACUUGGCUCAGUCCAAGGGAAGCACUGUGAGCAAGGAACAGCUCGAGGAGGCUAAAAAGAAUUUCCUGGCCGCUGUCUGCCGUCAAGUUGACAUCUCCAACAUGAUGCCAAAUGACUUGAAGGAGAAGAUCAAGCAGUUGCACGCUCGCAUCGUCAAGCUUGAAGCUGAGAAGUACGAUUUGGAGAAGAGACGUGAACGUCAAGACUACGACAUGAAAGAACUUCAUGAGCGUCAACGUCAAGCUGCUCGUAACAAGGCCCUCAAGAAGGGACUUGACCCCGAGGAAGCUGCUUCAUCGGUCCAUCCACCAAAGAUCACCACCGCUUCCAAAUUCGAUCGUCAAACCGAUCGUCGCUCAUACGUUGAUCGCCGCUUCUUGUUCGAGAACGUUCAGCCGCCAAAGCAGCCGGCAAUUGCCCGCGGAACCGCUCGUCCGCCACCGGAAUGGGGACGCAAGACCAACGAGGAGCUCGAGCAGAUCCGCAAGAAUCUUGAGCCGCCAAAGUAUGUGGAGCAAGUCAAGAUUGAGGGUGCCAAACCUCCAGUCGAAGCCAAGCCACUUCAACUGCCUGACAAGGACUUUGAGGAAGAGGAGCCACAACCGGUAGCGGAGAAUCCAAACCUCGGAGAAGAAGUCGUCGUUGAAUAA